AUGGGGGAGAGCCCCCCUGCUGUGGGUGUGGUGCUGCCCACGGUGGGGGAGAAGUCUGUGCCUCCUGGGCGGAUCCGCUCGUACCCGAUGGCAGCGGGAGGUAAAAAAACCGGAGCCCCCGAAAAUCGCAACAAAGCUAAAACUCAGGAUGGUGUGGCCUUAGAGAUCCAGCCCCUGAAGAGCCAGGAAGGGGUGGAAAAUGAAGAGAAAGAGAAGAAGAAGGUGAAGGUGCCCAAGAAGGAGAAGUCUGUGCUGCAGGGGAAGCUCACACGCCUGGCGGUCCAGAUCGGGAAGGCGGGGCUGAUCAUGUCGGCCAUCACGGUCAUCAUCUUGGUGCUGUACUUCGUGAUUGACACGUUUGGGGUGCAGGGGCGGCCCUGGCUGGCAGAAUGCACCCCCAUUUACAUCCAGUAUUUCGUCAAGUUCUUCAUCAUCGGUGUCACCGUGUUGGUGGUGGCUGUGCCUGAAGGGCUCCCGCUGGCAGUCACCAUCUCCCUGGCCUACUCCGUGAAGAAAAUGAUGAAGGACAACAACCUCGUGAGGCACUUGGAUGCGUGUGAGACCAUGGGCACCGCCACUGCCAUCUGUUCGGACAAGACAGGCACGCUCACCAUGAACCGCAUGACCGUGGUGCAGGCCUAUGUGGGGGACACCCACUACCGCCAGAUCCCUGACCCCGAAGCCAUCCUGCCCAAGAUCCUGGACCUCAUAGUCAACGGUGUCGCCAUCAACUCUGCCUACACAUCCAAGAUCCUGCCACCUGAGAAGGAAGGGGGGCUACCUCGGCAAGUGGGGAACAAGACAGAGUGUGCCCUGCUGGGUUUUGUGCUGGACCUGAAGCAGGAUUACCAGGCUGUGCGGAACGAGGUGCCGGAGGAGAAGCUCUACAAGGUCUACACCUUCAACUCUGUGCGCAAGUCCAUGAGCACGGUGCUGAAGAACGGCAAUGGUGGCUUCCGCAUGUACAGCAAGGGAGCCUCCGAGAUCAUCCUCCGCAAGUGCACCAGGAUCCUGGAUAAGAACGGUGACCCCCGGGUGUUCAAGGUGAAGGACCGGGAUGAGAUGGUGAAGAAGGUGAUAGAGCCCAUGGCCUGCCACGGGCUGCGGACCAUCUGCCUGGCUUUCCGUGACUUCCCUGGUGAUGCCGAGCCGGACUGGGACAGCGAGAACGAGAUCCUGUCUGACCUGACCUGCAUCGCUGUGGUUGGGAUAGAGGACCCCGUGCGGCCAGAGGUGCCGGACGCCAUCCUGAAGUGCCAGCGGGCGGGGAUCACUGUCCGGAUGGUGACGGGGGACAACAUCAACACCGCCCGUGCCAUCGCCACCAAGUGUGGCAUCCUGCUGCCGGGGGAGGACUUCUUGUGCCUGGAGGGGAAGGAGUUCAACCGGCUCAUCCGCAACGAGAAGGGAGAGGUAGAACAGGAGCAGUUGGAUAAGAUCUGGCCCAAGCUGCGUGUGCUGGCCCGCUCCUCCCCGACAGAUAAGCACACGCUCGUGAAAGGAAUUAUCGACAGCACCGUUGGUGACCAGAGGCAGGUGGUGGCCGUGACCGGGGAUGGGACCAACGAUGGCCCAGCUUUGAAGAAAGCUGACGUUGGGUUUGCCAUGGGCAUCGCAGGCACGGACGUGGCGAAGGAGGCUUCGGACAUCAUCCUGACGGAUGAUAACUUCACCAGCAUCGUCAAGGCGGUGAUGUGGGGACGCAACGUCUACGACAGCAUCUCCAAGUUCCUGCAGUUCCAGCUGACCGUUAACGUCGUGGCCGUCAUCGUGGCCUUCACGGGCGCCUGCAUCACGCAGGACUCUCCCCUGAAGGCUGUCCAGAUGCUGUGGGUGAACCUGAUCAUGGACACCUUCGCCUCCUUAGCCCUGGCCACGGAGCCCCCGUCCGAGUCCCUGCUGCUGCGCAAGCCCUACGGCCGCAACAAGCCGCUCAUCUCCCGCACCAUGAUGAAGAACAUCCUGGGGCACGCGGUGUACCAGCUAACUAUCAUUUUCACGCUGCUUUUUGCAGGGGAGAAGUUUUUUGACAUCGACAGUGGCCGGAAUGCCCCGCUCCACUCCCCGCCCACCGAACACUACACCAUCGUCUUCAACACCUUCGUCAUGAUGCAGUUGUUCAACGAGAUCAAUGCACGCAAGAUCCACGGGGAGAGGAACGUCUUUGAGUCCAUCUACCGCAACCCUAUCUUCUGCACGGUGGUGCUGGGGACGUUUGCAGCUCAGAUCAUCAUCGUGGAGUUUGGUGGGAAGCCGUUCAGCUGCUCUGGGCUCACCCUGAGCCAGUGGUUCUGGUGUAUUUUUAUCGGAGUGGGAGAGCUCCUCUGGGGCCAGCUGAUCUGCACUGUCCCAACCAGCCACCUGAAGUUCCUGAAGGAAGCUGGGCAUGGCAUCACCAAGGAGGAGAUCCCAGAGGAGGAGCUGCCCGAAGACGUGGAUGAGAUCGACCACGCUGAAAUGGAGCUGCGGCGCGGGCAGAUCCUGUGGUUCAGGGGGCUCAACAGGAUACAGACACAGAUGGACGUAGUUUACACAUUCCAGACCGGCGCCUCCUCUUUGCAGGGAGCCCUCAGGAGACAGCCUUCCAUCGUGAGCCAGCACCACGAUGUAAAAAAUGUUUCUAGCCCAACCCAUAUCAAAGUGGUGAAUGCGUUCCGUAGCUCCUUGUACGAAGGCCUCGAGAAACCCGAAUCCAGAAGCUCCAUCCAUAACUUCAUGACUCACCCAGAGUUCAUCCUGGAGGAAGAUGAGCCUCGAACACCAUUCCUUGACGGCGCUGAAGACGACCCCGAGACUGACGGACUCAAAAAGCGAG